AUGUCUCUCCUUGUUGUCAAAGACAACAUUAAGGCUUCUACGGUGUGCAAGGCGUGGUAUAAAUCUGGUGCAUCUAUUCUGAUGAAGGAUCGACACCUAUGGUUUAUGAAAUAUCCUAUAUCUCCAGGAAACAUAAGGCCUUGUGAACUGUAUGAUCCAUCGCAGAAGAUGACAUACUUGGUAAAGUAUCCCGAAGUAUCAGGCAUGACGAUUUAUUACUCGAAAGAUGGUUGGUUGCUCAUGCACAAAGAUUAUCCGUCUGAUUUAUUCUUCUUCAACCCAUUUACUCGUCAACGCAUCAGUUUGCCUGACUGUGAUUAUUAUAUCGAAUGUGCUGUUUUCACUUGUGCACCGACAUCUGAUCGUUGUUUGGUUUUCGGGUUAACAAACGUGGACAACAACAAGAAAAUUGUCGGAGUCAACACUUUUAGGCUCGGAGAAACCAGGUGGGAGACUAGUCUUUUCAUGAGUCCUGAGAGUUUCUUCGCUUAUUACAACAAAAUUAUCUACUCGGGAGACCUCUUUUAUUGUCUUGGCGGAUUAGGUUCGCUAGCGGUUUUCGACCCAUCCAACCGAACAUGGAACACUCCCGACCUAAAAUAUGAAGGAGGCUCCACAACUUUUACAUCAUCAUGGUUUGGUACAUAUUUACUAGAGAUCAAAGGAGAUAUUUUUCUCCUUAAAUGUCAGGAUGAUAAGCCGCGAGUGUUUAUGUUAAAUCGUAACAUUAAUGAAGGUUGGACUUGGAAGGAGAAAGAAAGAUUUGAGGAGGGCUUAACGAUAUACGGGGCUUUUCGCGCAACCGAAUAUAGAUCAAACCUCGAGAAUGACAUGAACAACAAGCUACUCUUGUCGGAUUCGCAUCACCCGCUGAUUAAUACUUAUUUCUUUGAUGAAGGAAGGUAUCUCCCGAACAAGUCGUCAUGCUUCCCAACUUGGAAUGAUAAUACCAUUUUUCAAAGCAUUUGGAUUGAACCGCCAAAACUAUCCUUAGAUUUUAUCUGA